AUGCGGCGCACUUGGAACCGCUGGCUCAAUUCGAGUGCCAGCCCCGAGCCAGCGGAGCCUGCUGGGCCCCGUGGAAAUAAUAAGCACCUCAACCGCACAUCGCCUGUGCCCGUCGCUUCUGCCCGUGAUUCGCCUUCUCUCAACCACUCGUCACCCUCGCUGUCUCCAACCCCUCAGCCGGCGACUCCUCAGUCGCCUGUCUCUGGCCACACCGGUGCCGAUUCAGCUCCGGCCAUUUCCUCCAAGCCGUCAGCAGCGCCCCUGCUCCAGGUUCCCGCUGCUGUGCCUGUUAUCCGUGUCCAUAAAUCUGCUGUGCGCAGUCGCACCCCCACUGGCUUUUCCGUCGAUCACAACGACGACGACUUUCUCGGCUUUUUCAACGCCGGUCGCCCGGAUUCCGGCUUUGACGACGUAGCAACCCGCUUUCACCUCUCGAGCAGCGCCGACGACGUCGAAAUGACGACUGGUCCGAACUUCGACGCGGCCGCCAGCCGCGGUCGGCAGGACUCGUUUGUGAGCGCCGGCGCAAAACCCAUCUCCAUGGCCAACCCGAACCGGGACCAUAUGAACCGCAAUCGUCGUGAGAGCCUUGCGGGGAGCAUGAUGGCCGGCAUGAGCUGGGGCGGAAUUUCUGUUGGCAGUUUUAUUAGGGAAGACAUGAUGAUGACGGGGACUUCUCCUUAUAUCAACAACACUGGCUCGUCGUUUCAGUCUUCCUCCUACAUUCCUCGGCUGGAAGCUAGCUUUAUGCGCGACUUUGUUUGCUGCGACCGUACGUGGCCCACACUCCAUGACCUGUUGCAGCACUACGAGGAAAAUCACCACACCACUCCGGCUGCAUCUGCGAGAGAUGGUUUCGGUGGCACGCAACCCAACGCCCGAGGCCCUGCUAGCCGCGCCGCGUCCACAGCUCCGUCUGCCGGGAGAAUGCAGCAGCCGACGCAGUCAAUGCAGGGCUUUCAGCAACGCCCCAUGGGCGCCGGCAUGGGUGUUGGGGGACUUGGACAGAUGAUGCGUCAGCAACAGCAAGCUGCGAUCGCCGCACAGAAAUCGACACCUCUCUCCCACAUGAACGAUGAUAUGGACGCCGUCGGCGAAAUGGAACUGGACGACACACCAAUUGGGCCCAUGGAUAUGGACGAUAACCAGCGGACAAUUCAGCAAACCCGCCAGCUCUUUGGUCAACAACAGAGGCCCCAACUUCAUCUUAAUGCGUCGGGUCUCCCUCAUCAAGCCCUUCGCACCUCUCAACCGCCGACCCCCGCGGCUGCUGGUUUCGGUUUUCAGAACAACCCGACUGUUUCGUCCGUCAACACACCGACCUUGACCACUCAACAGGGCAUGCCGCAGCAAGGCCAGGGUAACGAGGUUGACAAUAACGGCAUGUCUGACGCCGCCAACAAAAUGGGUUUUGGCAACAUGAAUCUCGGCACGCAAUUUGGUCUUAACUUCGGCGCCUUGGGCACCAUUGACGACCCUGCCAAGCGACUGUACAGCCCUGGUGGCACAGCCCAAAUGACAAGCCAGCAGCGCGCUCUUGAGCAGCAGCUCCAGCUGCAACAGCAGUUGCAGCAGCACCUGCAGGCCAUGAACCUUGACCUAAGCCAGUUCCCGCCUGGCACCGACCCGGCCUUGAUCUUGCAGCAGAUGACAGCCCUGAUGAUGCCUCCACCGGAGGAGCACAAGCCCUUCAGGUGCCCUGUCAUCGGCUGUGAAAAGGCCUACAAAAAUCAGAAUGGUCUCAAGUACCACAAGACCCAUGGUCACUCAACCCAACAGCUGCAUGAGAAUGGUGAUGGUACCUUCUCCAUCGUCAACCCAGAGACUAGUACUCCGUAUCCCGGCACGUUGGGUAUGGAGAAGGAGAAGCCGUUCAAGUGCGAAAUUUGCGGCAAGAGGUAUAAGAACCUCAAUGGUCUCAAAUACCACAAGCAACACUCGCCAAUGUGUGAUCCGGAGCUUCGGGCUCAGCACCAGACUUUGUUGCAGACGAUGAUGCAAAACCCUGCUACCUUUUUCGCCCUUCAGCAAGGACUGGCAAACCUCCCGAAUCUUCCAAACCUGCCAAAUUUGCCUAACCUUCCAAACAUCAGCGAGGAUACGAUGCUGUAG